AUGAAGUUGUCGCAAUACCUGCGAGGAGCGCAGGUCCUGCUCUCUCUUGCAAUACCAGUCGCCUCGCAUGAUUCAAACGGAAGACCAGGGCACGGGUUCAUUGGCUACGGCAUCUCCAUGUAUAAGCCCGUCUGCGCUUAUGCGUGCCGUGCCUCGAUUACAAACCCUCUGGAUUGCGACACCACAGUAGAUCAUGACAUGGUUAUGGAUGAGGCUUCGAUGGCAAUGGAUACUCCGAGUCCUGCGUGCUAUGCGAACAACGAUCCCUUCCUGCAAACACUAGCCUACUGCAUGUACACUCACUGUGCUGAUGUAUCGGUCUCGGUUCUGGAGAAUUACUGGGAGUUGAAUGUGGCUGGUAGACAGCAGCAUCAACCGAGCCCGAAGGAGUCGUAUCAAGAAGCUCUUGGAAGCCUUGCCAGACCACCGACUACAAUCCUUAACUCAUCGGCGGUUCUGGAUAUCGCUUCUUUGGUCGAGGAAGAGACGUAUCUGAGUAAUUGCAAUACUCUCUGGACGUUCGAGGCCGUCGAGACAUCCCAUGAGCGAUACGGCUUAGUCCUCCUUCUCACGGGUGCAAUCAUCCCAAUCGCCUCUUCCCUACUCCGUUUCGUACCGUUUCCGGCCGCUUUACGAGUAUGGCUCAAGGCAGUCUUCAUCGAUCCUCCUUUUGUCGGUCGUCGCCACAGUUCCGCGAUACUCGACACCUUCUUUAUGCCCACUCGAGGACAAGCCCUCUUCAUCGCGUAUUUGUUGUUAAUUAACAUCAUAUUAUGCGCUGUCGGGUUCCGAUCUGCUAAUCCAAGCAUCUGGUACGCGUCCAAGCACGACGAAAUUCUCACUUACGUGGCAAAUCGCACCGGGGUGCUCAGCUUUGCAAAUAUCCCCCUGCUGGUGCUAUACACCGGUCGAAACAACUUUCUCCUCUGGCUGACUGACUGGUCGCAUUCAACCUUCCUCUUGCUCCACCGCUGGCUGGCAUUCAUCUGCACUCUCGAAGCUUGUCUGCACUCGGCCAUAUAUCUGCAAAUUGCUGUCGCCAAUAAUGAGCACAGUACCGAAAGUAAGCAGCCAUUCUGGAUCUGGGGCAUUAUCGCCACUUUGGCGAUGGCCAUCCUGAUCCCAUCAUCAACAUGGCCAAUCCGAAAGCGGUGCUACGAGCUAUUCCUGGCUUGGCACGUCGUCCUGUCUUUUCUGGCUCUUCUUGCGUGCUACUGGCAUAUUUGGUACCGGUACACACACCAAUGGGGCUACGAAACCUGGAUCUAUGUGGCGUUCGGUAUUUGGGCCUUUGAGCGGGUGUUUCGUGUACUGAGGCUGGCGCGGCAUGGCAUUCGGAAGGCUCAUGUCACCGUCUUGGACGAUGAGUAUCUCAAAGUUGAUGUUCCUGGUGUGCAUGCACAGGGCCACGUAUAUCUCUAUUUUCCCACUCUGACGUGGCGGGUCUGGGAAAACCAUCCCUUCUCCGCGAUUGCCAGUUUCCAACGCGAGGGCAGCAUGGAGAGGAAGAUCGAUGUCGUGUCGCAGGAUGUCAAGAGUGGAUAUCAGUCGAAGAACGGUACGUCGGUGAAGACGUUUCUUGACUCGGACAAGCCGCCUUCUAUGUCCUCGUCGCAGGGCCUGGUCGCCGAAGGAUCUUACAAACCAUGCCUCACAUUCUUCGUACGCACCCAGUCGGGAACAACGCGACAUCUGCGUGCGCGGUCUCAGCUCCCGGUUCUAGUGGAAGGGUCCUAUCCUCCAUCACCCCUGAUAAAUCAUCACUGGACCGAUCACCCCAAUGUCAUUGCCAUUGCCGGUGGAGUUGGGAUCACAGCGCUGGUUCCGGAUCUGUGCAGCCACCGCGGAGGACGCACGUUAUUCUGGGCUUGCCGCAGCAAGACAUUGAUUGAGUCAGUGGAGGAGACGCUCGGGGGCGCCUUGCAUGAUAUGAAUGUGCGGAUCUACCGUGACCAGCGAAUGGAUAUCCCAACGCUGUUGACAGAAGAGGUUCAGAAGUAUCAGGAUGCGCCGGUGUGUGUUGUUGUCAGUGGACCGGCGAGGAUGGCGGAUGAGGUUCGUCAUGUUGUUUCGAAGAUGGUUAGAGAGAAUCCGUCUUUGAUUGUUUCUUUUGUGGAGGAAUCUUUUACUUGGUAG